CUUACAUCACUGUUCAUACAAAAAAUGUCCAGACAGGAGACGUCGCGGGAGACGUCGGUAUACUGAAGAACCGCAUGACCAAUCGAAGAGGAUGUUAAAUAACAGUGAAUACCAAUGUACAUUUCAUAAAUAGACAUCCAUCUAUCUAUCUAUACUGUCUAACUCCCCUUGCGCGUGUUAUUGAUAGGUGACAUAUGUUUAUCAUUGGUCAUACAAUAAAACCACAAAGAAUGUGUGACAUUUCACUACUUAUUAGCUGUGUACUCUUUUUAACAAUGACUUCAAGCUGUGAAGCUGAUGCAGUUCACAAUGUUCUUCUCAUUUCAUUUGAUGGCUUCAGAUGGGACUAUUACAAGAAAGCAAAUUAUCUCACAAAUAUCCAUAGAAUGAUUGCUGAUGGGGGCUGGGCAGUAAAUGGAACGAAGAAUGUAUUUAUCACAAAAACCUUGCCAAAUCAUUUUACGAUGGUGACUGGCCUAUAUCAGGAAACCCAUGGUAUUGUUGGGAACGUCAUGUAUGAUCACGUUUUUAAUGCAACAUACUAUGGUGGGAAUUACACGAUACAAAGCGAAUCCCGUUGGUACACUGGAGAACCCAUCUGGGCUACAAAUCAACGUCAACGAACGGAUUAUAGGUCAGGUUGUGUCUGUUGGCCGUCUAGUGGGGCAGUUUUGGAAGGGUUUCGACCUUAUCAACAUAUACCCUGGAAAACUGCUGAAGAUUUUCCUUACAAGGAAAGAUUUAAAACUGCUGUGAAGUGGUUCACCGAUCAUGAAUAUCCAACAAAUCUUGUUUUGGUUUAUAUUGAUAACCCUGAUAUAAUAGGACAUACAUUUGGACCAGAUUCUGAUGAACUAAUACAUGAACUACUCGUUCUUGAUGAGGCCUUAGGUUAUCUUUUUGAUCUCCUUAUAGAUGAACAUUUGCUCGACAAAACUGACAUUAUUUUAACAAGUGAUCAUGGCAUGGCUAGCAUUCCUAAGGACGAUUCUUAUAAAAUAGAAUUGACAAAGUAUCUUACUCAUGGGACGUAUUUUGUUACAGACACAAGUCCUACGGCUUGUAUUUUUCCAACAUCACCUGAACUUGAAGAUGCAAUAUUCCAGAAUUUAAGUUCAAUAAAGCAUGCAAAGGUGUACAGAAAAGCGGACAUUCCAGCGGAGUUUCAUUUCAAAAACAACCGACGCACACCACCCAUAAUUAUUAUUCCAGAAGAACAUUACUGGUGCUCAAACAACAAUACAUAUAUCGCUGGUAACCAUGGCUAUUCCAAUGACGUGGCCGACAUGCAUCCGUUUUUCGCCGCUAUGGGACCGUCCUUCAAGAAAGGCUCCAAGGUGAUGACCUUCAACAGCGUGGACGUGUACCCCAUGUUGUGCACAAUACUGGGCUUGAAGCCUGCGCCAAACAACGGCAGUAUGGACGUUGUGGCAGAGUUGCUAGUAGAUCGUCUCAAGGAGAACACUGGCAGCACGUUUGGAACAUACAUAUUCAUUCUGAUAGUUGGUGGACUGGUCAGCGGUGUGUUUGCAGUGGCGGCCUGUCAGGUUCAGCGCCAGUUGCGCCGCAGGAGGUACCAGUCCCAUCCAAUCCACAAGCUACCGAUGUCCAUGAUGAGCGUGCCUAGUUCAAGGAAGGAGGAUGCAGCCAUUGGUCUGCUUAGUGAUAUGUCUGACGAAGAAUUUUAAUGUGUCAUAGGAUAAUGAUUAUGGGCACUUUUUUUGCAGCAAUUUUAAGCUUGUUUUUAUGCCCCCAAAGGAGGGCAUAUAGUGAUCGGACCGUCUGUCCGUCUGCUUGUCUGUUUGUCCGUCUGUCACACUUUGUGGUUUCGCGUUUAGGUUUUGAAAAAUCCUCAUUACUUCUAUGUCCCUUCACAUAGCAACUUGAUAUUUGGCAUGCAUGUGUAUCUCAUGGAGCUGCACAUUUUGAGUGGUGAAAGGUCAAGGUCAUCCUUCAAGGUCAAAGGUAACAAAACAUGUAUCAAAGCGGCGCAGUAGGGGGCAUUGUGUUUCUGACAAACACAUCUCUUGGUUUUUUUUAAUUAAUUUUGUGUACCAUAGUACUGUAGUAAUGGGCCCUUUUCAAAUGCAUUCAUCAAUUGUCAGAUACCAAAAAAAUCUAUGGUACAAAAAUAUAUCAUAAAAUACUUAUAAUAUAAACAGAAAUUAUGUUUUUCCAAUAUUAUAUUUAUAUCCCCUAAAAUUAUUUCUGCAUUUAAUUGUUGUGUGCUUCUUCAAUAUUCUUCCAAUUUUAUCUUCUUUUUCAGCCCUUUUUGCAAAGCUAGCAAAAGGUUUUAUUUUCUUCUUUUUAACAUUUUUAAUAUCUUUUUUCACAAAUAUGUAACUGAAUCAUAUAUGAAUAAAAACAACCCAUAAUGAAUAUAGCUUGGUUUUGUGGAUAAACAAGACCAUGCCUUUAAUAACUGUUGGCAUGCAAGCUUGGAUGGUUGUCACCGUCCCCGAGAGGUUGAGUUUUGUCCUGGCACUCGGUCUUUCCCCAAAAGCUCAAAACCACAUACAUUUUAUAUCCUCAAGUAGAAACUAAAUAGCUGAAAAGAGCAUGAAAACAUUUGCCCCAAUUUUCGUUUGUAAGUAGAUUCAUUUGUAAGGGGUGCAGGGACACACUUGUGGUCCUCACAUAAUGAAGCCUCAGGUGUGGAAGGACCUCAUAAACAUGGAAAUACACACUCAUUCCUCAAUAUUGAGGACUUACCAUGUGUGAUUAUAAUGAUAAUAAAGUACGGAUGCACUAAUUAUGUGAAGUAAGCAUAAUACAUCAUACUUAGAAUAAACAGUUGUUUUUCACAAAUUUUCAUGUAAUGCAGUUUUAACAUCGUAAGUGUAGUAGACAUUUUCAUGUGUAACUGCAUCUUUAAAAUUCACUUGAUAUCAUUUAUGAGAGAAAAUUCUGUUAAUCCAUGUAUACAGUAUUGUUGUUUUAACAUUUUCUCUUAAAUGAUAUUGUAUCUAAGCAUGCAUGAAGAGUUGAUAAAUACAGUUAAAAUGAUAAAACACACAAUCUUGCAUUUUAAUGCUAAAUGCCAAAGUUGUUAAAGGAAUAAUGAAUCGUUUUAUCAGAAACAGGAGAAUUACCAUGAACCUUCUAAGUUAAAAGUUCAUUUGGACCAUACAUGUAUUUGUUUGUUUGUUUACUUCCAUAGCUUAAUAAAGGCAAAAGACUGUUUAAAUUCAUCACAUGUCGGUCAAAAUACUCAAAUUUAUAUGCAUUUGAAGAUAUUUGUUGUAUUUGCUCACUAGUAAACCUUUGUAUGUAUAUGAGUCAGACUUAUUGUUCAAGUGAGUCUACUGUAAUGUUAACAUGUGUAAACUUUGGUGUCUGCUUUGACAUAUAGAUGUGCUUAAUAUGCACCCAAUAUGCAAGAAUUGAGAACAAUAAUAUUUGUAAUUAUUCAUUUGGAUUUAUCACAUAUAUAUUUCAGGUUACACUGCAAUUUUGUUUUAUAUGGUAUCCUGAAGGAGUUACAUAGUAUUGCCUCAACAAAGUUGCUUAACUACUUAAUUUUUAUCUCUUGGGUCACUGACAUUUAUGCCCAGACAUAUGUACAGUAUGUAUAGACAUAAAAUGUAAGUUAAGAAUCUGAAGGCUUUUACUCUUUCAGUUUGUUAGCUCACCUAAGCACUCAGUGCUCAAGUUGAGCUAUAGUAAUCACCCUAUGUCCAGCCUUGUGCUGCUUAUUGCGUCAAUUUUUAUCUCAUAACCACUAUAGAGGCCAAGAUUUAAUCCAAUCUUGGAAGAAAUUUGGUCUGUAUGUUUAAUCUUAUUGGUAUGUAGGCCAAGUUGGAACCUGGGUCAUUUGCUUUAUAAACAAGGUCAUUCGGUAAAAAAGAAAGUCCUGGUUACCUGUCUUGAAAUAUGUAUAACUUAAUCUUGAUGAAACUUGGUCAGAAUGGUUAUCUUUACAUAUUUAAGGUUAAGUUCCAAUCUUGUUUACGUGUUUUUAAAAUCUAUGUCAUCCACCCUAGAGACCACAUUUAUGUCUCAGUCUUGAUGAAACUUGGUCAGAAUGGUUAUCUUUACAUAUUUUAGGUUAAGUUCGAAUCUAGGUAACGUGUGUUUAAAAACCCACCCUAGAGGCCAAAUUUAUGACUCAGUCUUGAUGAAACUUGGGCAGAAUGUUCAUUUUGUCAAUAUCUGGAACGAGUUUAAAUUUUGAUUUAGAUUACAUGCAUCUCAAAAUGAGGUCACCAGGUCAAAUCUUAGUAAAUUGUGUAACCUGUCUGGAGGUCACAAUUAUAACUCAAACUUGAUGACACUUGGGUCAGAAUAUUUAUCUUUACAAUAUCUAAGAUCAAUCUGGGUCAUGUGCGUCUAGAAACUAGGUCAUAAUUUCCAAUCCUUAAAAAAUGUUAUUGGCGACAUUUAUUUCUCAAGCUUGAUAAAACUUGGUCAGAAGGUUUAUCUUAACAAUAUCCAGGUCAAGAUUGAAUCUUUGUUAGAUGCGUCCAUAAACUAGGUCACCUGGUCAAAUCUUUAACAAAAACUUGUUACCACUCUAUGGCCACAUUUGUGACUGAGCGUUAAUGAAACUUGGUCAGAAUGUCUAUUCAAAUAUCAAGGCCAUCUUUGAAUGGUAUAUUGGGGUAAAAAAGUAGAUUACCAGGUAAAGUCCUCAACAAUUGGUCAAUUCAUGUGAGGGCUUAUAGGCCAUAUGGCCCUCUUGUUUCAUUAUUUUUCUGGGAGUUUUUUAUUACAAAGUUUGAGCUCUGCUCUUUUGUUCCAUGCUCAAUGUGGAAUAUAUUGUACAUAUGAUGUAUUAAAUUAACAUUUCUUCAAUUAUUAAUUGCUUUGCUUUGUGUUAUUAAUAAUUAUCAGAAGGUUGCCUAAUAAUUUUUAGCUCACCUGAGCACAACGUGCUCAUGAUGAGCUUUUGUUAUCGCCUUUUGUCUGUCGUCCGUCGUCCGUUGUGCGACGUCAACAUUUGCCUUGUUCACUCUCUAGAGGCCACAUUUAUUGUCCAAUCUUCAUGAAAUUUGGUCAGAAGAUUGGUUUCAAUAAUAUCUUGGAUGAGUUCGAAAAUGGUGACGUUUGCUUGAAAAACAUGGCUGCCAAGGGGCGGGCAUUUUUCCUUAUAUGGCUAUAGCAAAAUCUUGUUAACACUCUAGAGGCAACAUUUAUUGUCCGAUCCUCAUAGAACUUGGUCAGAAGAUUCAUCCCAAUAAUAUCUUGGACGAGUUAGAAAAUGAUGUCUGUUGGUUGAAAAACAUGGUAGCCAGGGGCGGGGCAUUUUUCCUUAUAUGGCUAUAGUAAAACCUUGUUAACACUCUAAAGGCCACAUUUAUUUUCCGAUCUUCAUGAAACUUACUCAGAAGAUUUGUCCCACUGAUAUCUUGGAUGAGUUCAGAAAUUGUAACCUUUGCUUGAAAAAACAUUACUGCCAAGGGGCGUGGCAUUUUUCCUUA